CAGUCAAGGAGCCGCCCAGGUGGGUCGAGCCACUGCUCCGCCGCGCUUCCGGGGUGGGGCAGGAAGUCUCCGGAGGAUGAGUGACAGCAGACCGCCCUAAUGGGGCGUCGCGGAGGGGGCGGUCUCGCGAGGUCGCGGCGGCGGGGCCUUCCGGGAGCUCGUCCGGGUAGCCCCGGCAAAGGCGGCGGGCAACUAGUGGCGGAUGGAGGGCACGGCGGAGGAGCGGGUGCCGCUGCUGGGCGCGCGGCGGGUGGCGGGCGCGUUCGCGGGCCGGCGCCUGGCCUGCGGGGCCGUGCUGGUGGCCGAGCUGCUGGAGCGCGCCGCCUUCUACGGCGUCACGUCCAACCUGGUGCUGUUCUUGAACGGCGCGCCUUUCGGCUGGGAGGGCGCGCAGGCCAGCCAGGCGCUGCUGCUCUUCAUGGGCCUCACCUACCUGGGAUCGCCCUUCGGCGGCUGGCUGGCCGACGCGCGCCUCGGCCGGGCCCGCGCCAUCCUGCUCAGCCUGGCGCUCUACCUGCUGGGCAUGCUGGCCUUCCCGCUGCUGGCCGCGCCCGCCUCGCGCGCCGCGCUCUGCGGGGACCCGCGUCCGGAGCGCCCGCGCAACGGCUCGGCGCCCGGACCCGAUGGCACGCCCGGCCCCGGCGCCGGCCCGGGCCGCCGCUGCGCUCCCGCCACCUUCGUGGGGCUGGCGCUCGUGGGGCUCGGCGUGGCCACAGUCAAGGCCAACAUCACGCCCUUCGGCGCCGAUCAGGUCAAAGAUCGAGGCCCAGAAGCCACCAGGAGAUUUUUUAAUUGGUUUUACUGGAGCAUUAACUUGGGAGCGAUCCUUUCAUUAGGAGGCAUUGCCUAUGUCCAGCAGAACGUGAGCUUUUUCUCUGGUUAUCUGAUCCCCACAGUCUGCGUGGCUGUGGCGUUCGUGGUUUUCCUCUGUGGCCAGAGCGUCUUCAUCACCAAGCCCCCAGAUGGCAGCGCCUUCACAGAUAUGUUCAAAAUCCUGACCUACUCCUGCUGCUCCCAGCGGCGCCAUGUGGGGCGCCCAGAGAGUGGUGAAGGCAGUGGAGUCUCUCAGCAAUCUUCUAAACAAAGUCUGUUUGAUUCAUGUAAGAUGUCGCGCGGAGGGCCGUUCACAGAGGACAAAGUGGAAGACGUGAAAGCCCUGGUCAAGAUCCUGCCUGUGUUCUUGGCUUUGAUUCCGUACUGGACGGUGUACUUCCAAAUGCAGACCACAUAUGUCCUACAGAGUCUUCAUCUGAAGAUUCCAGAAAUCUCAAGUAUCACCACUACCCCUCACACGUUCCCGGCAGCCUGGCUCACCAUGUUUGACGCUCUGCUCAUCCUGCUGCUCAUCCCGCUCAAGGACAAGCUGGUGGACCCUGUGCUGCGAAGAAAUGGCCUGCUGCCGUCCUCCCUCAAGAGGAUUGCUGUGGGCAUGUUCUUUGUGAUGUCCUCUGCCUUUGCUGCAGGAAUCUUAGAGAGUAAAAGGCUGGACCUCGUGAAAGAGAAAACCAUCAAUCAAACGAUUGGCAAUGUGGUUUACCACGCGGCAGACCUUCCCAUCUGGUGGCAGCUUCCCCAGUAUGUGCUGAUCGGCAUCAGCGAGAUAUUUGCAAGUAUCGCAGGACUGGAGUUUGCCUAUUCAGCUGCCCCCAAAUCCAUGCAGAGUGCCAUCAUGGGCCUCUUCUUCUUCUUCUCUGGAGUUGGCUCCUUCGUGGGCUCAGGGCUGUUGGCUCUGGUGUCUGUCAAAGCCAUUGGGUGGAUGAGCAGCCACACAGACUUUGGUAACAUCAAUGGCUGCCACCUGAACUACUACUUCUUCCUUCUGGCCGCCAUUCAAGGAGUCACUCUCCUGCUUUUCCUCAUUGUUUCUGUGAAGUAUGACUUCCAGCGAUCACGAGUGGAUGGAGGGCCAGCCAGCAGAAGAGUGGACGGCAGCUCCUCCAGCAGAAGAGCCUGACUGCUCUUGUGUGUGCCUCAGACCAAGGUGCCCGCUGCCCUCGUGUGCACCAGACUCAGGAGCCCUAGUGCUCUUAUAUACAUACCAGACAGAUAUCUGGGCCGUGGGCCAGGUGCACGGGGGAUGGGCCCUGCCAUCCCCCAGCCUCCCAGCCCUUCAUGGCACCUGCACUGUUUCCUCUCCCCUCUGCCCAGAACUAGGUAAGUGCCUUACUGUGGUCUGUCUCCCGGCAGUGUGGCCCUCCGGGAGGAGAAAGGCAGGUCUCCAAGGCAUCAAGUCUUGGGGAGGUACUGAUGUAUCAGCUGUGUUCCGACACACAUGUCACUUGCCUAUCUCCUAUCAUACAUCUCCUAUCAUACAUCGGCAAGCAUUGACCUAUCCUGAGGCAGGGCGGGGUUCUUGGAGAAGAAGAUGUGUCCAAAUGCUGAGCAGGUUUUUGGCGAGGUCAUCUCCGUGGUUUCUAUGUUCAUAACCGCCGGUCUUGCCCUUGCCAGGUGUCUUGGGUGUGGGUGGGUGGUGUGGAUGUCUGGUGCCUAAGCUACGGACAUUACUUUUUGAAGGAGGCAAAGGUGUGCUUUGUUAGUAAGACUGUCCUUUCUAGCUACAGAGCCACUAAAGGUAUCAUAAGCUUUGCCCAUAUCCAUACUUUCUUAGUGCACUGAUGAAACUGGAGACCAAUUGUUAUUGACUGUGAGGAAGCCCUUGCUUCAGUGGAAUUCACUCCAUGGACGUGGUGACUUACGUGUGUGCACACUUACACCAGGAGCUGUUGGCACUGUUACCUCUGAGCUCUUCUGUUUGUGGCUGUGUUUUGGUAUACUUUUGUUAUUAAAGCUUCCCAGAUGUGA